GCUACCCUCGACGAGGCCAGUCAGUUCUUGCCCGUUUUCGCUCGGGUUACGAUCGAUCGUACGCUUUGCCACCUUGUUUCCGUGUUUCCUUUCGUUCCACACGAUUUUCACAAGAUCAGAGCGGCUAGCGUGCCACCAAAUCGCCUCCACACCGAACCAAAACGAACGAUUUUUGUGAUCGGUUUUCUGUGAAGUGCCAUCGGCUGUGUUGCGCGCCAUUCGUCGUUUCUACCAUCGAGAGGUAAAAGUGUCGCUACGAGAGGCGGUACGAUUCGGAGUUCGAGGACGAUCUACGAGGAUGAACGACCCCGUUAAUACACAAACGAUUCCUUAGACACGCGACAACGUAUCUCGUCUCCGCAACGUCUCGUGACCUACUCCUCCACUAGCUUUGCGGGCAUCAGCCUCUUGGGAGUUUUGCUACCGAUUACGGAACGUGCCCCUCCACGCUCUCUCAAGAUCAUCCCGUCACUUUGUCCACGGAACGUGAAUCGCAAUACCAAAGGAAUUCGACGCUCCGGCCGUUACUACGAGGAUGAACCUGUACGAGACGCGUUUGCAGCCGUACUUUUCUUAACGUCUCCAUCCUGAAUCGUGUCACCGAGGGAGGGUACCAUCCUGCGAGGUCAAAGCUCGAAGCGCGGAUCGACGAACAGGGUGGAGGCGCGAUAAACAUAAAGAAAAUGGGGGUGCCGGAUGUAGAGCAGGCUAAGAGACGACUCCAGGAUAUUCUUAGGAAAGCGCAGAAGCUCGAGAUCCCCCCGCAAGAAGUGAUCUCGACGCGGACCGCCCAGAAGCUUCUUGCCAGAACGAGGAACGUCCUGGCAUGGACGAUCUGGAUCACCGUUUUUGUCCUGCUGCUCAGCGGCGUGGUCUAUGCCCGUUGGCCGACGAGACAAGAAGUCGAGACCAUUAGGACUGUCCUUAGGCGAACGUGUUCCGGAGCAGCUUCGGGAGACUUCUCGGAGCGUGUGGCAGCGCUUUUACACUCCUCUUCCACUCAAGACGACUGCUAGUCCUCGUCGAGAUUCCUCCGAGCUGUUCUACUUUCCUCGUACGAAGAAACCGAUGGAAACGCCGAAAAAAACCGUAGCGCGUCGCACCGCUCGCAGGGCGUUCACGAUUUUCGAGCUAACUCGUAAGCUUUAACGCGGCUCGGGCUAAUGAUCGCGACGAUCAUGAAACGAUUCCUCGUUAACGCUUACACGCGCAAACCGUUUGUAAUUAGUCAGGGAUUCUAGCCCAUGCGGAACGUUCGACCGAUCGCUCUCGUUCGAUGCGAGAAUUUUCCUAUUUCAACUCGCUUCGCUUCAACCGUGAAAUCCGUUCUCAUUCGCCGAGGCCCUUUUCUCGCGGCAAAAACCUCGAACGCGUCGUACUUAUCGCGGAAAAUCCGUAUACCGGCUGAUACGGCUACACGGGCUCUUUGGAGCGCGACAACUUUGUUCCUGCUUUUGUCUCUUAAUUAUCUCUCGAUGUGGAAGAUCGAUGCCGCAAGGCUGAACGAAACAAAAGCGCUCGGGACGCAACCACCCAUCUCCUACGUAACCGACCUCGGAUUACUUUUUCGCCAUGUUAGUUACGUUUCGAGUGCUCCAAUUUCGACGUCUCGGACAACUUUUGACAAGUCUUUCCCAUCGCCGCUCGAAUAUGGCGCGUGAACUCGUUUACAUUCGUUGAACCAGCCUCGGUCGAAUCGCGCCGCGCGGAAAACACCGUUGGCCAAUUAAGCGAGAGAAGAGCGCGUUUUCGCCGGAAACAAUGGAAUUUUCUGGAAAAUACAACGGCAUCUCCGACGCUGCGGAUCGCCCGGCGGAGAAAGAAAACGCGUACGCGUUUUGCUCUUUUACGAAAGCGUUUAAAAAUGUAACGCUGCAGCUCGACGGGGAAUGCGAUCGUGUCCGCUGGAGAAAAGAAUAAACGAAGAAGGAAAAAGAGCGGGCUUGAGAGUAGAAAAAACGAGUGGUAGGAUCGCGGCGAGCGGAUAAAAAGAGAGAGACAGACGGGGGGAGGGAGGGAGAAGAGGAAACGGAAAGAGGAGAGAAUUUGGAAGGACGACACUGGACGGGUAGCUGUGAAGAGCUGGAGCGAACGAGUGGCAGACGGGUAAGCUUGGGAAGCUGUCGCACUCGAGGACGAAAGAAAGCAAUGGAAAUAAAACUGGCUGGAAGGGAAAAAGUUGGUGGGAAGACGGAACACGGGAAAAAGGAGAAAAAUACCUGCACCGUAGCUUAGCGUGGAGAUGGCAGGGACAGACUCGAGAUCGUCGCGAAACGCUCCGAAACUGCAGAUCGAUCGUGACGAACCGCUUCGUCGUGACGGACCUUCGUGGAAAAAGCGAACGAAACCGAAACGCUUCGGAGGCCAAUCGGCGUCGCAUAGGAAAAUCAGCUUGGAAGGAAUUAGUAAAGCGCGUAGAAAGGAAAGGGAGAACACGUUGGAAUAUACCGUACGAUACACAGGUCUGUGAAAACAGCUGGCACGGUGAUUCGUCAUAAUUAAUCAUGUUGCAGUCAAGCUGUAUCGUUUUAUUGGUCGCGUUACGCACGACACCUGUCCUUUAACGGCAUUUCGAAUUUCCAUUUCGCGAGAAAUGGCACGCUAUCAAGCCUGGAAACAAGCCUGCGAACUCAACGCACCCACCGUGUUUAAUUGCGCGAAUUAAUCGUUACGUUUCAUCAAGCUCCUUUUUUAUUCUCCCCACCGUUCGUCCAAUUCACUGCCAGAAAAACUAGUUUCUCGAGUGUUUCAUCCAAUCGCAUCAAUUUUCAUAAUGCCUCGGGUGUCCGUUGACGAUCAACGUGUUCGAGAAAUAUAGCGCGUUACGAAAGAAGAAUUUCCUAUAGCCAUCGUUGCUUUGAGCGCGAUAACGGAUCACGCAAGGAAAAUAGUUGGUCGUUGAUGAUGAUUUACGAUACGAGGCGGGAUCGCUACGGAAAAAUAUCGAAACCGUGAUUCGCACGCAGCUGUAAACGCCCAGUCUGUUUUUAACUUUCGAACGUAAAAUUAGAAUUUGAGAAAAUAGCGCGAUACGUGCAACGACGAAACGACACGCUGAAAGCAUCGACCUUAGGUAAAACCCAAGAUAUUCGGCGGUGAUAAUAUCGCCGAGGUUCGAGCGCAAGAGUCUCCAAGUGCGGCGAACGCGUUUGUUUCGUCGAUGGGGAAGAGGAUCCGAAGAGACGCGACGAACGUUAAAAGGGAAAGCGAUUACGAAUCGAUCGUAACUGAAGGCGAUAAAAAGAGAAAAAAGAAGAAACGUCGAGAGAAUCGGAGAGUUACGUUCGAUAUUUACCGCGAUUCUUUCGAGACGAGUAUAAAGAAAGGAAUAAUUCAUACAUCUUGGAUAGAACGAGACGUAAGUGGGCACGAUAAUGAGAAGCGUUUUGUUUUCUGCCCUUCGGUUCUCAUGAAACAUUGAAUAGCUGGAACAAAAGCUACCUGCGAGACGACGAUCUCUCCUCUGCCGAUCGACGAACACGCCUCUCCAACUUCGAAUAGCAGCCAACUAUAUAG